AUGUCUCAGAGAGAUAUCACAAGUUGGAAUACACUUCUAGCCACUUACAGCACAAAAGUCGGGUCACAGUCCGAAGUACUGCCUCUGUUUCGAGGAAUGUUGCAUGAAGACAUUCGAGCAAAUGAGGUCACUUUGGUGAUUUUAGUUACAACUUGUGCACAAGUAAGAGGGAUAGAGUACGGUAGGGCAGUCCAUACUUAUGUUCUAAAAGUGGGAUUCAUUUGCUACUUGAAUUUGGAGAAUGCACUGCUAGGUUUGUAUGCCAAGUGUGGGGAGAUGAAUGGGGCGCGAAAGUUGUUUACCCAGAUGGAUGGUAGGAGUGAUGUUGUGUCACAAACGAUUUUGAUCAAUUGUCAUGUGGAAAUAGGGUUUGCAGAUAUGGCUCGUGGUAUAUUUGAUCGUAUGGUUGACAGAGACAUAGUUUUGUGGAACUCAAUGAUUCAUGGGUAUGUAAAGGGAAAGCGUCCAAAUGAGGCUUUAGCACUUUUUAAGAAAAUGGAGAGUGGAAUGGUGAAACCGGAUGAAACCACUAUAGUUUGUGUUCUUGCAGCUUGUGCUAGCGUAUCAGACCUGCAAUAUGGUAGAUUUGUUCAUCGCCAUGGUGAUUUUCUACAAGAUGGAAAAAAUGAUGUUUUUACUUGGACAACAGUUAUUGAAGGGCUUGCAAAUUAUGGGCACAAAAAAGAAGCUUUGAGGUUGUUUUUUCAAAUGGAGAAACAUGGAAUUAAGCCGAAUGAAGCAACAUUUGUUUCCGUAUUGGCAGCAUGUAGACAAUCGGGGCUAGUUGAAGAAGGCUGUUUUUUGUUCAAUAGAAUAGUAGGGUUAUACAAUAUCCAACCAAAGAUCGAGCACCUAGGCUGUCUGAUUGACCUCUUGAGCAAAGCCGGACUCUUGCACCCUGCGGAGGAUUUUAUCAAUAUCAUGCCAGCUGACGAAAGACUCGUAGCUUACGAAACUCUACUUAGUGCUUGCCUAAGUUAUUCAAAUAUUGAUCUUGGAUCAAGGGUUGCAAAUGAACUUAUUAAGUUGGGUUCACAAAGCCAUGAAUUUUAUAUCCUGCUAUCAAACUUCUAUGCUCUAGCAGGAGAAUGGUCAUAUGAUGAAGGAGCCAGGCAUCAGUUCGAUAGAAAUGAACACUGA